AUGUCAAAGAGACAUUUGUUAUCAAGAAUAAUACAGUUAGUUGGCCGCGGCUUGCGAAAUACCUGUUUAACUUCUAUUAGAAUCAUGGAACCCAAAGUUAACUUAAAACAAGACCCAGCUUUCGUAGAAAUACAGAAAUUCUACGAUGCCAAUGCCGACAAAAUCAACAUACAACAGCUUUUUAAAGAAGAUGCCGAUCGCUUCAAUAAAUUCAGUCUCCGCAUCCCUACACCGAAUGACGGAGACAUCUUGCUGGACUACUCCAAAAACCGCAUCAACGAGCAGGUGUGGAGUCUACUGCUGAACCUGGCCAAGAGCAGAAAUGUGGAGAAAGCAAGAGAUGCUAUGUUUUCAGGUGAGAAAAUAAACUUCACGGAGGACCGCGCAGUGUUGCACAUAGCUCUGCGCAACCGUCAGAACCGUCCCAUCCUCGUGGGCGGCAAGGAUGUCACGCCCGACGUCAACGCAGUCCUCGCUCACAUGAAGGAGUUCUCCGGACAGGUCGUCAGUGGACAGUGGAAGGGGUACACAGGCAAGCAGAUCACAGAUGUGAUCAACAUUGGUAUUGGAGGGUCCGACCUGGGGCCGCUGAUGGUCACCGAAGCUCUGAAACCUUACGCCAACCAUCUAAAGGUACACUUUGUAUCCAACAUCGAUGGUACCCAUUUAGCCGAGGUGCUGAAGCGAUUGAACCCUGAGACGGCGCUGUUCAUCAUCGCCUCCAAGACCUUCACCACUCAGGAGACCAUCACCAACGCUACUUCAGCCAAGACCUGGUUCCUUGAGGCUGCUAAGGAUCCGUCAGCCGUUGCGAAGCACUUUGUAGCUCUAUCAACAAACGCUGAGAAGGUGACCGCGUUUGGGAUUGAUCCCAACAACAUGUUCGGAUUCUGGGACUGGGUGGGAGGCAGGUACUCACUCUGGUCAGCUAUCGGUCUGUCUAUCUCCCUCUACAUCGGGUACGACAACUUCGAGAAACUUCUAGAAGGAGCCAGUUUCAUGGACCAACACUUCACCACUGCGCCGUUGGAGAAAAAUGCACCAGUGAUCCUAGCGCUCCUCGGCGUGUGGUACUCGAACUUCUACGGCGCGGAGACACACGCGCUACUGCCUUACGACCAGUAUUUACAUAGAUUCGCCGCUUACUUCCAGCAAGGUGACAUGGAAAGUAAUGGUAAGUAUGUGACUCGGUCGGGGGCCCAGGUUGACUACAGCACGGGCCCCAUCGUGUGGGGGGAGCCCGGGACUAACGGACAACAUGCCUUCUACCAACUCAUACAUCAGGGGACCAGAUUGAUCCCCUGCGACUUCAUUGCGCCGGCGCAGACUCACAACCCGAUCUCUAACGGCGUGCACCAUAAGAUCUUACUCGCGAACUUCCUCGCACAGACUGAAGCGCUCAUGAAGGGGAAGACUGCUGACGAGGCUAAAGCCGAGUUAGAAAAGUCAGGCAUGGCAGCGGACGCGGUCGCUAAGAUCCUCCCGCACAAAGUGUUCAAGGGCAACCGUCCAACUAACUCCAUCGUCGUGAAGAAAGUCACGCCAUUCACUCUCGGAGCUCUUAUUGCUCUUUACGAACACAAAAUCUUCACUCAAGGUGUGAUUUGGGACAUUAACUCCUUUGACCAGUGGGGCGUGGAACUCGGCAAGCAAUUAGCCAAGGCGAUAGAGCCCGAAUUACAGGACAAUAGUCCCGUUUCCAGCCACGACGGGUCCACAAAUGGACUCAUUAACUUCUUGAAAGCAAACUUUUAA